GGAAUCAAAGUGGCAGACAGUGCGACGCCUACAGUGGAAGGAUGUUCGAUCCAUGACAAUGAUGGUUUUGGAAUAUUUUGCACAGGACUCAGCGGAGGGAAAUACUUGAAAAAUGAAGUUUUUGCAAACAGCAAUGCUGGUGUUGCUGCUCGUGGCUCAUGCGUUGGCGUUUUCGAGGAAAACAAAGUCUACAAUGGGAAGCAAGGCGGCUUCUGGCUCGAAGAGGAGGCUAAGUGUCAGCUUAUUGCAAACGAUAUAUAUCAGAAUCAGAAAAGUGGAAUCCAAGUUGGUGGUCAUGCUGACCCGUUGGUUGUUCGAAACAUCGUCAGAGAUGGACUGAAAGGUGGGAUUGUGGUGCACGAUCAUGCAACUGGACAAUUCUUAAACAAUGAAAUAAUGCGCAACACAAUGGCUGGCGUUGGUGGUACUGAUUUUGCCUGCCCCCUGUUCCAUAGCAACAUUGUCAAGGACGGCAGGGGAGGUGGAAUUGUUUUGCAUGAGAACUGCAGAGGAAUUUUCGAAAAGAACCAAGUGAUUGGAAAUACACAUGCCGGCAUUGGCUUAAAAGGCAAUAGCAAUGCUCUCUUUGAUGGAAAUUACGUUUCAGACGGAACUGGAUAUGGUGUAUGGGUUCAAGAAAGAGCAGUCAGCACAUUGCAGAAUAAUGUCAUUGAGCGUAACAUGCGCGCAGGUGUCGUUGUAACUGACAAUGCCAAUCCUACCCUCGCGAUGAAUAUCAUUCGCGAUGGGAAGCAUGCUGGGUUGCUAAUCAGGCACAACGCUACGGGGCGAUUUCGCCAAAAUACUUUGUCG